CCGCCGCCGCUAUUGCUGAUGGCCGAUUUCAAACACUGGAAAGAGCAGCGGCUGUCGCGCGCAGAUGCGAGCCGGAAGGGCAGCGUAGAUGAACCUAUCGAGGAGAUCGUCCGGCUCUUGAAUGGCCGCGAGACUUUCUGCACCACCAGCUCGUGCUCGGGGCGCGUGGUGGUUCUGGAACAGCCCCCGGCCGCCCCCCCGGCUGCGGGUGCUGCUGGCUUUGAAAUACAGAAGCAAAGCUGUACUUGGCUUAUGGUGACCCACCAAUUAUGUAGUACAAAAGAUGUGCUUACCUCCUUGCAGAAAGCUGCAGCUGAUGCCAUCUUCAAAUUUGAACCAUUUGUUCUCCAUGUGCAAUGUCAAGACCUGGAAGAUGCACAACUUCUGCACACCGUGGCUAUAGAAGCUGGGUUCAGAAAUUCUGGUAUAACCGUUAGCCGGAAAGGAAAAAUUAUGAUGGCUGUCCGAAGUACCCAUUGUUUAGAAGUUCCAUUAACUCAGAAAGGAAGACUAAUGGUCAGUGAAGAAUAUGCUGACUUUGUAGUUCAAGUUGCGAAUCGGAAGAUGAAAGAAAAUUGGAAGAGAAUUAACAGAUUUUACAGCUCUUUGAAGUUUGCACUAGAAAACAAGGAUCACUCCAGUUCUCCCUCAGAAGAGAAAGAAAAAGGAAAUGACAUGGAUUCGUGUGGAAGAAAAAAAUCUCAAGCAGCCAAUAAGGAUGGCGGAAGCUGUUUUUCAGAGCAAAAUAAAAAUUUAGAAAGUGAAGAUGAUAGUCAAAGUAAUGCUAGUAUUUUUCACUAGGUUGUACUAUAGAAUUGUGUGAAGUAGUCCUAUAUACCCAUUAUGUUUGUAUAAUGUAGUUUU